CGGGGCUGUUUUCGAGAGGGAGUUUCCUCUCCGUGGGCGAGUAGGGAGAGGAAGAGCGAAGGGCUUCCCUCCGAAACGGGAGCUCGGGGCCGACCCUGAGAGCGUCGUCGCCCUCUUGGAGGGUCCCCCUUCGCCUCGUGAAGGAAGCGGCUCAGCGCUGCCUCCCUGCCUGUGUGCAUCUAGAAAUCCAUUGCCAAGCACCAGGCUUGGGCGGCUGCCACCUAGAGACAGGAGGGCGGGACGAGCGGAGCAAGACUGUAAGCAGCAAUAGCAGCCGACGGCUUCGGCGCGCUAGGAGAGGCAGGCGCUCGCCAGCCCUUUCCGUCCCUGCGACCCAGCCAGGCAGCGUGCAGAGCGCGGCGCCCGCCAGCCUUCGGUCCCUUGCUUGCUUCGUCCGUCCGGGCAGGCGCCUCCUGUCCGCCCGUCCCCGUCGCCGGCCAGUCUUCUCGGCUCGAUUGGCGGCCAGAUGAUGAACUUUCUGCGGCGCAGGCUUUCGGACAGCAGCUUCAUCGCCAACCUGCCCAAUGGCUACAUGACCGACCUGCAGCGGCCGGAGCCCCAGCAGCCGCCCCCGCCGGCGGCCCAGUCCUCGGCUUCUCCGGCCUCGGAGCGCAGGCAACCGCAGCCGGCGGCAGCGCCACCCCAACAGCCGCCGCCGCCGCCGCCGCAGCAGCAGUCAGUCGGCAGCAGCUUCUUCAGCUCUCUCUCCAACGCGGUGAAGCAGACGGCAGCCUCGGCGGGCUUGGUGGACGCGGGUUCGUCUUCCUCGGCGGCAGCCAAAAAGUUCAAGCUGCUCUUGGUCAUCGAUGAGCCUCACACGGACUGGACCAAAUGUUUUCGUGGAAAAAAGAUCCAUGGAGAAUAUGACAUCAAAGUUGAACAGGCACAAUUUUCUGAGGUCAACUUGAUAGCUCAUGCUGAUGGCAAUUACGCAGUAGACAUGCAAGCAUUUCGAAAUGGCACUCAAGUUGUCAGAUCAUUCAAGCCUGAUUUUGUUCUUGUUCGACAACACUCAUUCAGCAUGGCAGAAAAUGAAGACUUCCGUAACUUAAUCAUUGGGAUGCAUUAUGCUGGCAUCCCAAGUGUCAACUCUCUAGAAUCAAUUUACAACUUCUGUGACAAGCCCUGGGUGUUUGCCCAGUUGGUGUCUAUCUACAGAACCCUGGGACCAGAGAAGUUCCCUCUAAUUGAACAAACAUUUUAUCCAAAUCACAAGGAAAUGCUGACAUUGCCAACAUUUCCUGUUGUUGUGAAGAUUGGACAUGCGCAUUCAGGCAUGGGAAAGGUCAAGGUAGACAACCAUUAUGAUUUUCAAGAUAUAGCCAGUGUGGUAGCCCUCACUCAGACUUACGCCACCACUGAACCCUACAUAGACUCCAAAUAUGACAUCAGGAUCCAAAAGAUAGGCAACAACUACAAAGCAUACAUGAGGACUUCUAUAUCUGGAAACUGGAAGACAAACACUGGGUCUGCAAUGUUGGAACAAAUUGCUAUGUCAGACAGGUACAAGCUCUGGAUUGACAACUGUUCUGAGAUGUUUGGAGGCUUGGACAUAUGUGCUGUCAAAGCAGUUCACGGCAAGGAUGGGAAAGAUUAUAUUUUUGAGGUUAUGGACUCUGCUAUGCCUUUGAUUGGUGAGCAUCAGGUUGAAGACAAACAGCUUAUAACUGAGCUUGUCGUAAGCAGAAUGAACCAAAUGUUAUCUAAAACACCUAUACCAUCUCCUCAGAAACCAACCGCCACUCAGCAGCCCCAGAGUGGAUCGCUUAAGGAGCCAGAACCAAACAAAGUCCCACCCCAGCGACCACCUCCUCAAGGGGGCCCAGUGCAACCCCAAGGAAUGCAAUCACAAAUCCAGGAGCCAUUGCAACCACAGCGCAUGUUUCCUCCAGGGCAGUCAGCAAAGCCCUCGAGUUCCCUGCCACCGCGUCCACCUGGCCCUGCAACUCAGCCCUCACGUGCCCAGGCUCAAGGUCCUUCAAGUGCCGGGCUUCCAGCAGAAACAGAGACCGAGUCUUCACCAGCUCCACCACAGAAGCCUCAGUCACAUCCCCAGCUGAACAAAUCACAGUCUCUGACCAAUGCCUUCAGCUUCACAGAAUCGUCCUUCUUCCGAUCAUCUGUGAAUGAGGAUGAAGCAAAAGCAGAAACGAUCCGAAACUUGAGGAAAUCCUUUGCCAGUCUCUUUUCAGAUUAGCCAUAUAGGGCUUAGUUUUGUGUGUCUGUAAUGCGUUGGAAAGUCUACUGUGAACAUUGUCUUGCAAACAUAAAUUCCUUGUGAAUGAUCCUCCUUUGUUGUUUCCAAUGUUGUAUUAAGCAAUAUGUUGAAAUCUUUAAAAAGAGACUGCAAUGAGAUACAAUUCAGGUAUUCCAUAUUUAAAAAUCAACUUUUAAAAAAGCCAAGAGGAAAAGCUAUACAGCAGAAUGCUUAAAGUCCUCGUCAACUGUGAUAUUGUGGCCUUACUGUUUAAUGCACUAGAUCAUUUGCCUUGGACUCUCCUUUGUGAAAUCAUUAUAGCCAUACUUCAUUAUGUUGUGAGUUUUUCCUCCCUGUACUUAACUCCAGUACUCAAUCCCCUGCAUGUCUGUUUGUUUUAGGUGUUUUGUUCUGCAAGUGUACAGUCUUUUAAACCUCCUUUCUUGCCACAGAUCUUCACACUGGUGUUUCCCAUCAGCCUUCUUUCACCUAAAGCCAUUUUCUUCCUUUAGCAAGCUUUCCAUCACUUGAAUGUAGCAUUCUGAUGUGCUGUUCAAAACAAACCCUAAGAUGAACCAAUGUUAUAGAGCGAUGUAUCUAUACUUAUUGUAUCCUUACUUGUACAACUAUUAACUCUUGUACAACUCAACUCAAAUUGUACAACUCAACUAUUGUACAACUAUUCACUCUUGUGAACUUUGAUUUGUAAAUUACCAUGCAUGACCUCAUGUUACCCAUACUUCCAUGUAACCUUCUAAUAAAUGCAGAGCGCUAUGCCUGGCUGUAAGCAA